UUAAAUUGCCAUUUCACCAUCAGCAAGCAUGUAUGAUGAUAAAGCACCUCCUCGGUCGGCAGACGUCGGCGUGCUAAUAGACGCUCCGAAAACACAUCUUCCGGAUGGAAUCACACUUUUAUCUUCGGACAAGAUUGACCAUCGCGCGGAUGAAGAGAUCGCAGCAUGGCUUCAAAAGCGUCACCCCGUCACCUCUGACAAGAAUAUCUGGACAUUCUGGCACUCUGGCUUUGCUCAAAUGCGACCAUGGGUACAGCGAAAUGUUAUUAACUGGGUCCGUCGGCUGGGUCCCGAUUGGACUGUCCAUGUAGUGGAUCGUGUCGACGGCUCAGAGACGAGCAUCUUCAAUUACAUCGAUACCUCUUUCUUUCCGCAGACUUUUAUUGAUGGCACUAUGGAUGGCCACAAGGCGCAUCAGGGCGACUUGGUGCGCUUGCCUCUGCUAUGGAAGUAUGGAGGCCUGUGGAUGGAUGCAGGCCUAAUAUUGCUGCGACAUGUCGAUGAUAUUUGCUGGAAGCGAAUUGAGGAUCCCGAGUCUCCUUAUGAACUGAGUGCGGUGGCUUUGAUGCACUUGCCGGACACUUACACUCCACUAAAUGGAUUUCUAGCCACCAAGCGGAACAAUCCCUUCAUCAAACGGUGGCACGAUAUCUAUGUUGCGCUUUGGGAUGGAGUCACCAACGCAGCGGGAUUCCAUCGACAUCCACUUUUGUGCCAUUUGCCUAUAUUCCGCCCUCCCUCAAGUGCGACCAAUUUGACACCCGUGGAGAUUAAUUAUGAAGCCUUCAGCGAUUAUGUGGCUCAUUACAUGUGUUGUGAGCGACUGAGAAAAUUAAGCGACCCAAACGACGGCUUCAACGGUGCAGAAUGGUAUAACAAACAUAUGCUCUUACUCAACGCCCGAGAGGAGAUGUUUUACGCCCAAGAAAUAUCUCAAUGGGAUGCACAACGCCAAUUCAAUCUUCUAUCGAUGACAAGAUCUGGAAAUGAUGUUAUUGCAGACAAGGAAUGGCAGGAGGCUGAGGAUUUUGUAACAUCUGUGCUGGCAAACACGUCUAUGGUGAAGCUGCCUCACGGACCCGGCAGCGGCGGAAUAGCGUUGAAGAUGCUGGCUGAUAUAUGGGAUGAUGAGGAAAAUCACAAUAAAGAUAAUGAAGAGGGAACGUUUGCCGCCUAUUUGCGAUAUGGUUCUACACAUUUUGAUCAGAAGCGGGAGGUUAAGAAGCUUGAGUGGCAGAACCCGGAAGAAGAAGUUUAUAACGUCGGCUACCUAGAGCCUGUCAAAUGCUAGGCAGCUAUUAUCUUCUGUGAGCUGUCUAAAAUUUGAAUCUAGGAAAGUAAUGUUUUACAAGAUGCGUUUUAAGAAGGCCAAAUGCCAUUGAUCAUGUCGAAUUUAUUUGAGCUGAGGUCUAAUCAAUGAGCCACUAUAACCAUACUUGCUUCACAUCAUUCUAUUUCCC